AUGUUCCAAUUUAGUAGAGUUUCCGAGGAAGAAAAAGUUUUGUGUGCCUCUUUCAUGUUACGCGGUAGUGCUGGACAUUGGUGGGACACAGUCAAGUGCAUCGAAGAUGUGCAUAACUUGGGGCCGAUCGAAAGAACUUUCAGAAGCAAAUAUUUUACAGCCCCCAUACGCGCAAUGAAGAUGAAUGAGUUUAUACAAUUGAAGCAGGGCAACAUGAUCAUCGCAGACUAUAUCCACAAGUUCGAGCAACUCUCAAGGUUUGCCGAACAUAUGGUUAGCACAGACUACUUAAAGACGGAGAGAUUUCUUGAGGGCCUGAAACCAGAACUCUAUAGAGAUGUUUGCAUGGCUGGCAUUCAGGAAUCAAAUUACUCACAAGUUGUCGAGCGAGCACUAAUUGCUGAACAAGCUGAACAGAAGAUAAGAAAAGCACAGGAGAUAAGACGUAAGCGUACUAAGCGGAUUCGGAAUUGUCUUUCAUUCGAAGGCAUAACUUGGACCCAUGCGCUUCAGAGGCAAAGGCCACAAUGGACUAGAAAUGAGAAGAAAAGGCCAACACAAUUUCAAAACCAGAAGCCUAUAUUUCAACAACAAAGGUAG